GCUACCGAAGACUGGCAGCAGAAGCGGCUCCUAGGUGGGUGGGGAUCCAGGCAUUGGCUUCCAGCGCGCGGGAGCCGGGGCGUCUCCACUCAGGGAGCACCUAGGUAGCGGGAUUCCCGGGCAGCCUUCCAGGAACCCCGCAGUCUCCGGUACUCCCUGGGGCACAACCCUGAAAGCUUCGUGCUUCAGCUCUUGAGAGAGAGCAAGCUCGGUGCCCCUCUCUGAGCAUGCGCGGCCCUCUCCCCGCCUCUACGCCCCCCCACGCCCCCUCCCCGCCGGCCUUUUGCUCCUUCCCUUUCAUUAAACAAACGGGAGGUCCCAAAACCUGGACCCAAAGGCGAGAGGAGGCAGCAGAGGAGGCUUAGCAGGGGAUGAUCGCCGAGGGGAAUCUGUGAUCUCGAUCACUCCCGCCUCCACCCCGCGCGGGAGCACACACACACACACACACACACACACACACACACGCACGCACAUACACACACACAUCGCACAGACACACACACUUGCAUACGCCCGUGCCGCGCGCUCGCCCGCUCGCUCUCCCACGCAAGCGGAAUGCAGCAGCGCCGGAGGAGCUUGUCUGCAACCGCUGCCUGAAUGCACCUCGCCGCCUGCAGCCUGUCCGCCCAAUAGGGCGCAAGGGAGGAAGCUUGGCUGCCAAAGCCUGGACAAUUUCUGACAGUGCAGUCUCACCCCAUGGUUUGAGAAAUGGCUGUAGAAAACAACACUCAACGCAGUUACUCCAUCAUUCCAUGCUUUAUAUUUGUUGAGCUUGUCAUCAUGGCUGGGACAGUCCUGCUUGCCUACUACUUCGAGUGCACUGACACCUUUCAGGUGCAUAUCCAAGGAUUCUUCUGUCAGGAUGGAGACUUAAUGAAGCCUUACCCAGGGACAGAGGAGGAAAGCUUCAUCAGCCCCCUGGUGCUCUACUGCGUUCUGGCUGCCACCCCAACUGCUAUUAUUUUCAUUGGUGAAAUAUCCAUGUAUUUCAUAAAGUCAACAAGGGAGUCCCUGAUUGCUGAGGAGAAAAUGAUCCUGACAGGGGACUGCUGCUACCUGAGCCCUUUACUCCGAAGGAUCGUCAGGUUCAUUGGGGUAUUUGCCUUUGGACUUUUUGCUACGGACAUUUUUGUAAAUGCUGGGCAAGUGGUCACUGGUCACCUAACACCGUACUUCCUGACAGUGUGCCAGCCAAACUAUACCAGUACAGACUGCCGGGCACACCACCAGUUUAUCAGCAAUGGCAACAUCUGCACUGGGGACCUGGAAGUGAUAGAAAAGGCUCGGAGGUCCUUUCCCUCCAAACAUGCCGCUCUGAGCAUUUACUCCGCCUUAUAUGCUACGAUGUACAUCACAAGCACAAUCAAGACAAAGAGCAGUCGGCUGGCCAAGCCAGUGCUGUGCCUGGGGACCCUCUGUACAGCCUUCCUGACGGGCCUCAACCGGGUCUCAGAGUACCGGAACCACUGUUCAGACGUGAUUGCUGGCUUCAUCCUGGGCACCGCAGUGGCCCUGUUUUUGGGAAUGUGUGUGGUUCAUAACUUUAAAGGAACUCAAGGCUCUCCUUCCAAACCCAAACCUGAGGAUCCCCGUGGAGUUCCCUUGAUGGCUUUCCCAAGGAUAGAGAGCCCGCUGGAAACCUUAAGCGCACAGAACCACUCAGCCUCCAUGACCGAAGUCACCUGAGAUGAAUGAAGACGUGCAGCUAUUUCGGGUUUGUUUGGUUUUUCUUUUUCUUUUUCAGCAACCUUCCAGUUCAAUACUUCAAAACACACAGUUGCUCAAGUCAAACUGUGAAGACAAGUGUUACAUUUAUGUAGGUAGAGGCUAAUGUUUUGUACAUUUUUUUGUAUGGAGAAGUGAUGUAGCUUGCCCUGAUCUUUUUUGUCAGCUUUAAUAUAUUUAUGCCAGAUUUUUAAAACCAACAAAAUUUUCCUCUUGUUCAAGUGUGCAUUGAAGAUUCACAUUUAUUCAAUGGUUGAUGUUGUUUUGUGAUAUUUGUACACAAAUUUUUCUCAGUUUUAUAGACACAAAUAAAGCGAAUGACCCACCUUAAUCCUUUAUUACCACAGUUGCCGCCUCCUCCAGAUGGUUUGAAUUUUAAUGAAAGUUAAACUUUUGAGUUACAGGAAGGACCAUGAUGGUUAAUUGUAAAUCUCAAAAUCAAUUGUGGAAAAAAAAAAUAUUGGAAGAGAAUAUUGUGUUCUGCUCUGUACAUAGUUGACUGAGUUCCAGGUUAAGUAACAGGGCCAUACUAGUGAAGAGUCCUAGUUGCCCAACUCUAGGCACAGAAGCCUGUAUUUGGGGGAAGUGCGCUUUGCUUUUACGAUGCUUUCUUAGAAAGCAGCCAGCACCAGCCUUUCCUGUCAACUCAACAGUUUUGUAUAUCAUAUUGUAUGGACUUUUUAUGAAAAAGAAUAUUUUACAGUUUGCACAGUAUUAUUUUACAGAAAGGCUAUCAGAGCAUCUAACAUGUAGAGCCCAGAGCAAUGGCUUCACGAUGGGGCUUUUAACUGUUGUUAGAUUUUAACUGCAUCCCAUUUUUUCUAGCAUGGUGAUAAUGUGUUCCUCCUUUGGGAGUAGGAGAGUUCCCUCUCUGUAUCUAUCAAAAUGUUGCCCACCCAUGUCAGCUCUUCUUAACUUUUUUUGUACAUAUUUUUUUUUUCUAAAGAGAAGCAAAAAAAAAAAAGUUAUCACAAAAUGUACUGUGGCUCGUGUGCUUUGUUUUUUAUUUCACUCGGCGGUGUUUGAAGAACCUUGGAGUGUUUGUGCUUCUCAGGUCGUGUGAGGAGUGAUUAGAUGAACCAUUCAAUAGGGGCAUGACUAAAAGGUCAUUCAGAGUAAGCAGAGGGAAGCAGGGAACAAAGGAAUGGCUAUACAUACAUAUGCAUGCAUGUGUUUUAAAAUAAGAUGAAAGAAUUCCUUCAUUUAUUAAAAUAUUCAAAU